ACCAUUUUCUUACAUAGAAAUUCAUAGUAUAUAUAGAUCGGAUAUAUUAAUUAUUCAAUAUUUUUGUUUAUAAUCGUAAAAUAUUAAAAUAAAAUAAGUAAUAACCUUUUUGAAAAAAUUUCACAUCUUUUCUACUUUUUAAGUAACCCUUUCUCUUUCACAUCUUUCUUUCCUCUUGAAAAUUUUCUGUGUUUGUGUGGAUCAUCACCACCACCAAUCUCUUCUCUUCUUCCUAAAGCAAUUCACUUUGAUAGCUUGUUAGCUUUGAAGACAAUCCAUGGCCCCACAAUACUAAUCUCUCUCUAUCACUUUCUCUCUCCUCACUCACUCUGCACUGAAGUCUUGUUGAGCUUCAAAAACUACAACUUUACCUCAUAAAAUCAUUCACAUUCACACCUUCAACCUCUUCAAAGUGUUCAAAGGUUGUGUUUGUGAUGAAAUUCUCAUAGAGUGACAAGAAAGAGGUAAAAAAAUAUUAAUAAUGGUUGGAACUCCAAUGAAUGGAAGAAGACUCUCUUAUGGAUUUGGAAAUGGUGGACAUGAUCUUGGUCCAAGUAGUACUCCACCAAGCAAUGCUGGUUCUGAUUAUGGAAGCUUCAUAGAUUUCACAAGAGAAGAUGUUGAGGCUUUGCUUAAUGAGAAAUCUAAAAGGAAAGACAGAUUUAAUUACAAGGAAAGAUGUGAAAAUAUGAUUGAUUAUAUAAAAAGGCUUAAGGUUUGCAUUAGAUGGUUUCAAGACCUUGAGUUGAGCUACUCAUUAGAGCAAGAGAAGUUAAAGAGUUCAUUGGAAUUAUCCCAACAAAAAUGCAUGGAAAUAGAGUUGUUGCUCAAAAUCAAGGAAGAAGAAUUGAAUUCAAUUAUUACAGAAAUGAGAAGGAAUUGCGCUUCUUUGCAAGAGAAGUUAGUGAAGGAAGAAACAGAUAAAUCGGCUGCGAUGGAAUCUCUUGUUAAAGAGCGAGAAGCUAGGCUUGACUUUGAACGGUCACAGACUACAUUAUCAGAAGAUCUCGGUAGAGCUCAACGAGAGCUUGAAACUGCGAAUCAGAAGAUAACUUCGCUCAAUGAGAUGUAUAAGCGGUUACAAGAGUAUAUAACAAGCUUACAGCAGUACAAUGGAAAACUUCAUUCUGAGCUUUCAACAGUUGAAGGCGAACUCAAACGUGUCGAGAAAGAGAAAGCAACCGUAGUGGAAAACCUUACAUUGUUAAAAGGCCAACUUGCUUUGUCUACUGCUUCUCAAGAAGAGGCUAUAAAACAGAAAGAUGCUUUUGCCAGUGAAGUUACAUCCCUUCGAGGUGAGUUGCAACAAGUGAGAGAUGAUCGAGACCGCCAAAUAUCUCAAGUGCAAAACUUAAGUACUGAAAUAGUGAAGUUUAAAGAUUCUUCAGAAAAGUCCGGUUCCGAACUGAACAACUUGACCAUGAAAACACAUGAAUUGGAGACAAAAUGUACAUUACAAGAUAAUCAUAUAAAGGAAUUACAAGAGAAGCUAACGAUUGCAGAGAACAAAUUGGAGGUUUGUGAUAUAUCUGCAAUUGAGACAAAAACAGAAUUUGAAGGGCAACAAAAACUCGUAAAUGAUUUAGAAAAACGAUUGGCAGACGCCGAAUACAAACUUAUAGAAGGAGAGAAGCUGAGGAAAGAAUUACAUAAUACCAUUUUGGAACUGAAAGGGAACAUUCGUGUGUUCUGUAGAGUACGGCCUUUGUUACCUGAUGAGAGUUGCAGUACAGAAGGCAAGAUUGUAUCUUAUCCCUCUUCGAUGGAAGCUGCUGGACGAGGCAUUGAAUUGGCACAAAAUGGCCAAAAGCAUUCUUUUACAUUUGAUAGAGUGUUUGCACCUGAUGCGUCACAACAAGAAGUUUUUACAGAAAUUUCACAACUUGUGCAAAGUGCUCUUGAUGGUUAUAAGGUGUGCAUUUUUGCAUACGGUCAGACAGGUUCGGGGAAAACCUAUACGAUGAUGGGCAGACCUGGACAUCCAGGAGAAAAGGGCUUAAUACCUCGUUCGCUAGAACAAAUAUUUCAAACAAGACAGUCUCAGCAACCCCAAGGAUGGAAAUAUGAAAUGCAGGUGUCAAUGUUGGAAAUAUACAAUGAAACGAUCCGUGAUUUGUUGUCUACGAAUAAGUCCUCAUCAGAUGCGACUCGUGUAGACAAUGGUACUCCUGGGAAGCAAUAUACAAUCAAACAUGAUGCGAAUGGAAAUACACAUGUUUCUGAUCUUACUGUGGUGGAUGUUCAGAGUGUAAAAGAGGUCGCGUUUCUUUUAAAUCAAGCGGCAAACAGCAGAUCUGUGGGAAAAACACAGAUGAAUGAACAAUCUUCAAGAAGUCAUUUCGUAUUCACUCUUCGAAUAUACGGUGUAAACGAGAGCACGGACCAACAAGUACAAGGUGUUCUAAAUCUCAUUGAUCUUGCUGGGAGCGAGCGUCUUUCAAGAAGUGGCUCAACUGGGGACCGAUUGAAAGAAACUCAAGCGAUAAAUAAAAGUUUGUCAUCAUUAAGUGAUGUUAUAUUUGCAUUGGCCAAGAAGGAGGAUCAUAUUCCAUUCAGGAACUCAAAACUUACAUAUCUACUUCAGCCUUGUCUUGGCGGAGAUUCAAAGACAUUAAUGUUUGUAAACGUCGCCCCUGACAAUGCUUCAGCUGGAGAGUCACUAUGCUCACUCCGGUUCGCGUCACGAGUAAAUGCUUGUGAAAUCGGGACACCUCGCCGCACCACUACCAACGGUCGUCCUACUGAAUCUCGCUUGAGCUAUUUCUAAUCUUAACACAGACGAAAUCAUGAAUAUAUAUUGUUUAACCGGUUUGGAGGAGUCAAUUUGCCAAACCAAAAAUAGCUUUAAUUCUAAAUUUCUAACAUCAUCAUACAUAUAUAGCUUGUAAAGUGAGGUUACUAAGUAUGCAUUUAGUUAAAAACAUUGUCAUGUUUUAAUGGUACUAUUUUCAAUUCUGCUUAAUGUUGUAUAAUCAUAAUUUCAUUCCACUUACCUUACAUUAUAUUUAUCGGUAAACAACUAUACAUUUCUCA